GCCAGCUUCAGUUCUGCUCUCUGCAACCUGUGGAAUAACAACCAGCAUCGCCAUGACUCUUGAGGAGGUUCUCAUCCAGAAGCCCAGCGAGAGAGCUCAGUGCUCUGCGGGGAAAGCUCUGGAAGAAGUUCUGGUUUCUGCCAAAGCAAACGACUCCCUCACCAUCGGGGUGUACGAGUCUGCCAAAGUUAUGAAUGUUGACCCAGACAGCGUGUCAUUCUGCGUCCUGGCGGUGGAUGAGGAGUUUGAGUGCGACAUCGCUCUGCAGAUCCACUUCACUCUCAUCCAAGCCUUCUGUUUCGACAACGACAUCAGCAUCGUCAGAGUCAACGACAUGCAGCGCCUUUCAGACAUUGUUGGUGACAAAGCUGAAGAUUUUGAAGAUGCUCACUGCGUGCUUAUCACGAAACCUGCUGAGGACUCCUGGGAGGAUCCAGCUCUGGAGAAGCUGCACCUGUUCUGUGAAGAGAGUCGCAGCUAUAACGAGUGGGUUCCUGAGAUCACUCUGCCCGAGCGUUGAUCUGGAGCUUUACUCUUCUCUGCUGAGAUGCUGUAAACCUUGAGGAAUACUCUGCUCAUCCUUGAAGCGAGGAUGAUGAUGUUUCCACAUCCCUGGAUGCUCCUGAGGAGGCUGAACCGUCCAGGCAGCGCGAGGCAGGCCCGAGUGGCCCUCGCGGUUCUACGUCGUUUCUCGUCCCGUCCAUGCCAAGAUGACCCUCAUUCUUUAUGUGAACGAGGUCAGGUAUGCCACGAGAGCGACACAAUGGCCCUCAUUCUUUGUGCGGAUGAGGUUUGGAGAAGAUGGAGAAGCGAGUUUGUUUCUGUUUCACAGAGCAAAUAUCGCAUGCGUUGGACACGCAGAGGACGCGGCGGUGCGUCGGAGCAGCGUUUUUAAAAAUGGACUUUAACAUCACGGACGUUUUUAAAAAUGUUAUUGCUGCACAAUAUAACGUAGCUUAUUGUCGGCAAUGUGCUUUCCACUUUCCAGAGUUGUCUUAUUCUCUAAAGGUUUAACUUUAGAAAUAUUCAUAUGACAAAAAAGAGAAAAAAGAAAAAAUAACUUAAAAUAUUAACUUAAACAAUUCUAAAGGUUUAACUUUAGACAUAUUUGAUUUAAAAAUAAAAAAAAAUGUUUUAACUUUUUUGUAGACCAUAAGAAAAGAAUAAAUGUGAAAAUUGUUACUUUUUAAGUUUUAAGAUGUUAUAAAAAAUGAGAAAUAUUUAAAUAUGCUGUUUCAUAUUUUGCAUUGUAAAAUUGAAGCUGUGAUGCAUAAAACAAUAAAUGUUUUAAAUAUAA